AUGACUCGACACGGAAGAAACUGUACGGCCGGCACUGUCUAUACCUACCAUGAAAGGAAAAAAGAUGCACAAGCUUCUGGCUUUGGGUCACUAUCACUUCGUUUUGGAAAGGAUGCCGUCAAGGAAUUUGACUGCUGCAGCUUGACCUUGCAACCUUGCAAAGAGCCAGUUGUCACAGAAGAUGGCCAUUUAUAUGAUAAAGAAGCAAUCCUGAAAAACAUUCUUCAUCAGAAAAAGGAGAUUGCAAGAAAGUUGAAGGAGUAUGAGAGACAGAAAUCUAGAUUAGAUAAAGAAGCUGCAGAACUGGCCAGGGCAGAGCAAGAGUCUAGAGGACAGAAGUUUGCACAACAAGAAUCUAAUCCUAUAGGCCUCAAAUAUGCGGAAGACAAAGCAGCAGAAGAAAGAAAAAAGAAUGGAAGCAUGUCGAAUGUGGAUGAAGGAAGAGACAAACAGCUGCCCAGCUUCUGGAUACCAUCACUGACACCACAAGCAGAGGCCACGCAGAUCAAGAAACCAGAUGAAAAAGUGCGAUGUCCAAUGAGUGGAAGGCCACUGAAGUUCAAGGACCUCAUUCCGGUCAAGUUCACACCUAUAAAUGAUAGAGAUAGCCAGACUUCAGUCAUUUCUAAAAUUAACCGUUACGUUUGUGCUGUAACAAAUGAUGUUCUGGGAAACUCUGUACCAUGUGCUGUACUCAGACCAUCGGGUGCUGUUGUGACCAUGGAAUGUGUGGAGAAGAUUAUCAGAAAAGACAUGGUAGACCCCAUCAGUGGCCAGAAGUUGAAGGACAAAGACAUCAUUCCAUUACAGCGGGGUGCCUCAGGUUUCACAGGAGCUGGUGUCAAGCUGGAAGCAAAGAAAGCUGGUCCUACAAUCAUGGCUUAA